UUUGCGGACACCUGGUUCCUGUUUGGAUUAGUGAUUAGUAAUCGAUAAAUUAUUAUUUCACAUUCCUUAAUCCUUAUUGGAAAUUCACAGCAGCCCAAAAAAUUGUUGAACAUUAAGAUGUCUACGGAGGAAUUUAACCUUGAAAAGUUAGACAGUUUGUUUGCAAAAUGUAAAGAUGGAGAUGUAGUGAUAAUGGACGCCUAUGUAGAUGCAUAUGAAGAAUUAAGCAAAUUGUUUUCCAUACUGGGAUCAGUGUUUGGCUUUGUUACGUCAGAUGUAGUAGAAAAAAUAGGCAUUCUUAGAGAAUAUCGAAGCAGCGAAGUGUCUGAGAAGUAUGUCUCCAUACAGAGCAUGAUUCAGUAUGAAGUAGAAACCAAGACCACUAACAACAAAAAGAAGGCCUCUGGAUCAAGAACUCUUUUACGACUUCAUAGAGCUCUGGAAUUCACAUCAAGGCUUCUGUCAGACCUAAAGAUGGCUGAGGAACACGAGAAAAUGUCCCAUCUCACCAAAACAGCUUACGACGACACACUUGCUCGUCAUCAUCCGUGGCUUAUAAGGAAAGGUGUACAUGUAGCCGUCUACACAUUACCCUCCAGAAAACAUUUCCUUGAGAAGUUGAAAGUUGAGGAUGCUGAAAAAGCUAAAGAUUUACUAGGAAGGGUAUCAGAUGUCCAGAAGGAAAUAUUCGUCAUCACGGAAGAGCUGUAUGCAAAGGAGAGUCUACUAGAUUUACCUUAGAUAACCAAUUAACCAUGAUUAUUUAUUAUACAAACUGUCUGUGAUUUUAUUUUGUUUUUUACAUUUGGAGACAAUUUCUGUUUUUAGGUCACCUGAGUAAACUCAGGUGACCUAUUGCUAUCUGUUUUUGUCCGUCGUCGUCCGUUAACAUUUGAACAUUUUCAGCUUCUUCUGAACCAAUUUCAACCAAAUUUGGCAUAGAGCAUCUAUGGGAGAAGGGGAACAAAAAUUGUGAAUUUCGUAUUCCCUGCCCCCAUGGGGCCUGGGGGGUGGGGCAAAAACCACUAAAAUUAGUGCAAUCUUUAAAAAUCUUCUUCUUUACUCCUGGACUUCAAGCAGUCAAACUGUUAGUAUGAUUGUAAUAAGCAUUGAGUCCUCUACCAAAAUUGUGAAAUUCAUGGCCCCAGGGUCAGGGGUUCUAGUACUAGGGCGGGGCUAAAUAGGUUAUAUAGUGAAAAUGCGUUAUUUCUUUGAAAUUCUUCUUUUCUGCUCCUUGGCAUUAAAUAAACUAACCAAGUGAUAGUUGAGUUGUAAAUGACUGCCUCCUCCAAAAUUGUGAAUUUCAUGGCCCCAGGGCAGGGGUUUUAGUGCUAGGGCGGGGCUAUAUAGAUUAUAUAGUGAAAAUGCAAAAAUUCUUUGAACGUCUUCUUUUCUGUUUGUGAGCAUUAAAUAAACUAACAAAGUGCAUAGCUAUGUUGAAUAAGACUGCCUCUUCUAAAAUUGUGAAUCUAAUGGCCCUAGGGUCGGGGGUUCUAGUGGCAGGGCGGGGCUAUAUAGAUUAUAUAGUGAAAAUGCAAAAAUUCUUUGAAAUUCUUCUUCUCUGUUCGUGGGGAUUAAAUAAACUAACUAAGUACAUAGCUAUGUUGAAUAAGACUGCCUCUUCCAAAAUUGUGAAUUUCAUGGCCCCAGGGCAGGGGUUUUAGUGCUAGGGCGGGGCUAUAUAGAUUAUAUAGUGAAAAUGCAAAAAUUCUUUGAACGUCUUCUUUUCUGUUUGUGAGCAUUAA